ACUCACUAACUUAACAGCACCAAUACGGCAAUACCACGCAUCUCUCUCCCUCUCUGCCCUGAAACAGAUAAAAAAAAAAAAAAAGUCUCUCCUGCAUUUCGAAUUUUAAGCUAACAUAAAAUUUAUGCUCAAAUCGAUUAAAUUCAAGCCAAAAUUCGAACCACAGCCUUACAUCAUGAAGAAGCAAAGAACCAAACGUCCUCGCCGAAUUCGCUCUCCGGUUCUUAUCUCGCAUUUGAAUUCAGCUCCUCAAAGGAGCCGAGGUUUCUCUGCUUUCUCUGCUGAUUCAAUCCCCUGCUUCUGCUUAGGAGAUGAAUUAUCUUGCGAUUCAAGCAGAGUUGUAGUCAAAUCCAGCGCAAGUAAGAGAAAGUCACGUGAAACAGAAGGAAUCGAAAGGAUUGAAGACGUUCCGUUUCGGAGAAUCACGAGAUCUUACUAUAAGCAGAAGAAAAGCGAGAGGAAAGAAAAUGAAAUAGAAGUGAGUGAAUCGUCUUGUGUGGAGUCGAAUUCUGGAGCUGAUUCUGAGAAUAAAAGAAGUUCAAAGUUGAAGAAGAGAAGUGUAGACUCAAAGGAAAUUCCUAUAAAUGAAGAUUUUAUGUCGGUUACCCGAUCGGAGAUUUCCUCUGUUCAGCAAAAUUUGUGUUCCGGUAGCCGAAUUUUGGAGAACGUAUCGGAGGAUAAGGAAAAUGAUACCGUUUCUAUCGCUUCUGGUGCGGAAUCAUGCUUGAGAGUUCUCGAAGUUGAUCUUGCUUGCGCAGAGCGCAUCUCUUACGACGAUGCUGCUACGGAAUACUCUUCUAAUCAUGAGACAGCAUUCUCUGAGCUACAAUCGGAAACAUUUUUAGAGAGCUCAUCGGACAUUGAGUUCUCAUAUCACACGCCGUCAAGUUUCUUGGAUACUGGAAGCGAAUUCUCCGAAAAGUCAAUUGAUGAUUCUCCUCCUUCGCAUACUUACUCAUUGUUUCUCGAGUUUAAACAACAAUUCUCGCGAUCAAGCGUUGCUCUAGACAUUAUAAGAUCCUUGCUCAUUGAAGCAGAGUACCUAGAACAUUCCAGCUUUGUGAAGUUCGAAGAUGAGGAAGACGAGGAGAGCUACCAAAGGCUCCGGGAAAGAGAGAGAAGGCAAUUAUUUUUGCACGACUAUGUCGAGUUUUACUGCUCCACGACGGAGUACGGUGGUCUCAUCUUAGAGCAACGGUUGCAAAUGGUCCACUGGAUUGCUGAGCAAUCAACUGCAAAUGAGUUUCAGCAUGAGACAAUGUUCCUUGGAGUUGGUCUUCUGGAUAGGUUUCUAAGCAAAGGAUUUUUCAAGAACAAGAGGAGCCUUCGGAUUGUUGGAAUAGCCUGCCUUACGUUGGCCACCAGAAUUGAAGAAAAUCAGCUCUACAAUAGUUUGAGGCAGAACAAUUUCACCAUAGAGAACAGUGCGUACAGCAGAUUUGAAGUUGUAGCCAUGGAGUGGCUGGUUCAGGAGGUACUCAACUUCCAGUGCUUCUUGCCCACCAUCCACAACUUCAUGUGGUUCUACUUGAAAGCUGCUAGAGCUGAUGCCAGGGUAGAGAAGAAGGCAAGAUGCCUGGCAAAAUUAGCGCUAUCAGACCAUGAGCAUCUUCGGUACUGGCCCUCAACAGUUGCAGCAGGACUUGUGAUUUUGGCUUCUCUGGAAAGCGAUCAAAUCGAAUGCUACCAACGGGUCAUCGAGGAUCAUGUCAGAACAAAAGAAAAUGACUUGCAUGAAUGCAUAAAGAAAAUGGAGUGGAUGCUACAGUAUUUAAACUAGCAGAUUAGAAGAGAGAGGAUUCUUGUCCCACCUUUUGUCAAUUGACAUUUGCUUCUCAUAUAUCUCAAGCCAAUGCUAAAAUGCAAACUACUGUUAGCUUUCGUAAAUCCUAAUAAAAAAAAAGGUUAUAGAUAUCUGAUUCUUUUUCAACUUGGCAAAAAAUGCUUGUUGUAAUCUGUCCAUAAAAGGCAGGAGAUAAAGUCUGCAUCAUUUACCAGGCUAGUUUAAAGUUGGAGUACAUGAGUAAUUCUUUGUCAGGAAUCAACUAUUCAAUGCAUUCUUUUGUUAAAAAUCUAGUACUAUGCAAGCAAUGACAGAUAUGCAGAACAAAAAUGUUCUUUCCGGUU